GUGCGCCUCGCCUUGCUUCGCCGUUUUCUGCUGAGAUUUCCUUGCGUCGCUUAUGGCUUCGGUGCGUUGGUUUAUGCAACCCUAAAUGUGUCCAAAUGUGAAAAUGAGAAAAAGUUUUUUGGCAAGUGUACGAAAAAGAAGCUUAAAAGAUAACUUUGAACAUAUUUAAGCAGAUUCGACUAUUCGUUAUCAUUUAUCAAUGUUUUUCAAAAAAGUCAUUGCUUUCUUAUAAAGAGCAGAUUUGAUUUUUUAUUUGUGAAAGCAAGAAAUCAUAAAAAAGAAAAUAUAGCUUGAUCGAAUUUCCUUUAAUUUGGUAGCAAAUACAAAGAACCGUUGUCAACAAGCAACGACGACGAAUGCGACGCGUGAAAUCAAAGAAUGGGUUGGGUUCGAGAAAAUAGGGAAAUUUGAAAUUUCUUAGGCCUCCUAGCUUAAAAAUAUUAAAGAGUAUGAAAUAAGCCCAUCAUGCUGCCCGGAGUGGGUGUGUUUGGCACGGGGAAGCUGCUGGAAGCGGUGGUGCCCCACCUCCGCUCACUAGGGUUCCACGUCGUAGCUCUGUGGGGCCAAACACUCGACGAUGCUGCCAAGACAGCAGCCGCGCUCAAGAUCGACUACCACACUGCCCGAGUAGAUGACGUCCUACUACGGCGAGACGUCGACCUCGUACUGGUUCUUGCACCUCCUAGUCUUCAAUCUCAAAUCGCCGUGAAAGCCAUGGGCAUCGGCAAGCACGUGGUGUGCGACCGACCGGCCGGCCUGUGUCAGUCUGAGCUGCUGAAGAUGGUACUGGCCGCCCAGUACUACCCGUCCCUGCUCUCUGUCGUCGGCUACGGACUCCGCUACCUGCCGGCCGUCAAGCUGAUGCGGCAGGCGGUGCGGGACGGGUAUGUUGGCGACGUGCGGCUGGUGGAGGCGCGGGUGACCUGCGGCAGUCUGCUGGACGGCUCCGGCUACAGCUGGCUCUGUGAGCCGGCCAUGGGCGGCGGACUGCUCUCUCUGAUCGGCAGCCACGUCAUCGACCUGGUCAGCCACGUGAUCGGACAGCGGGCGCGCCGCGUGCACGGCACGCUGCGCACGUACACGCGGCAGACGCGACUGAUCGCCGGUAUACGACACGUGGCCAGCGACGACUUCAGCUCGUUCCAGAUGGAGAUGGACGGCGGCGCGCUGGUGACGGUGUCGCUGAACGCGCACCUGUCGGGGCUGCAGCAGGAGGUGACUGUCUGCGGCGACUGGGGACACCUGACGCUGCGCGGCGCCGACCUGGCCGGGUUCCGCGCCGGCCAGCACGAGACGCUGCACCGGGCGGCGGCCGAGGAGGGCGCGGCGCCGCCGCUGCCUGCCGCCGGACCGCAGCCGGCACUGCACGCCGCCGGACUCCUCCGACUGCUGACGGCAGUGGCCGGCUCGUUCUCGGCUGGCGAGCCGCUGGCCGAGGCCGCCUCGUUCCAGGACGGACAGUACGUGACGGCGGUGAUGGAGGCGGUCCGAGCCUCCUCUGCCACCCAGGCCUGGACGCAGGUUACACUCUCUCAAAUCUGGUAGGUCGAAGGUCUAUCGUGCUCUCGGUGUCAGCUGUGCUCUUUACUGUGAUGUAACAUUGUGAACGUAUCAAUAAACACUUGUCAACUGCC